AUGUAACGGGGCCAAUGUUACAUUUUCAAAUUGAACUUCUUUGCUUCUUCGCGUGUAUUUUACCAAGUGGUCGCCUAAUAUUUGAAUUUCGUGCGCUCAUUCACUUUGCCCUUCUAUGUAGUCUAGAUUUGUUGUGACCGUGCUCCGUUGCCAUGGUGAAUAAUUUGACAACAAGUGCUGUUACAUCGGCGUCAUCGGUGCGCGUGAACAAAAAUCCUUCACCGAUAGACAACGACUCGGUUUUAAAAGCAGUUUCUGCCCUUUCAGAUGUGUGAGGGACCUUCCACAAUAUCUGGGCCAAUCCCCCCAGAUCCCUCUCUGUUUCCUCAGUACUACAAGCGACCUGCUUCAGCUCGUGGUCGUUUAGAAGGGAACCGUGAAGGGCCGUUGUCCCUUCUACUGGGUCCUCUUGCUCCAGAUCCGGUGUUGCACCCGGACAGCUACAGUGCUCGCACGCCAUCCUGCCGCCCCCGCAUUGGCCGUAAUGCCACUCAUAUUCUGGAACGGGGACAGAAAGGGGUUGUGGGAGAACUACUAAAACUAGAGGGGUUAUCUGUAACUCCUGUUCCCAAACAGAAACAGAAAGUACAUGACUUUGGUAAGGAGAAUGUACGUCGCCUCCGGGAGAUCCAGAGACGCUGCAAAGAGCAGGAAGCUGAGAGAACCCAGACCCGUCCUGUCCCAGUUAAAGCUCUGUGGACCUCUUCAAAAUACCACAACAUCCCAUCCAGGGUGAUGACUCAGUUAGAGGGUUCUAGUCCAUCUGUUAGGCCUCAAUGUCAAAGGUUUCUAAAGGCCCACUCUAAAGAUGGCUACUCCACGCUACCAACACCUUCGCCUGUGGGUUUGCAGCGCCCGGCUUCCUCGAGUUCUACACAGGACCAGGAUUUUAUGGUGCAAGGUCACACUAUAGACUUUGUGAAACAUAACGCCCGGGCUGCAGGAAAAACUAUACUUCGCCGUUCACAGUCACUGACAAACCUCAGGGACAAGCGCGUCCCGAGCGCAAUUAAGGGCCAAGUGCCUCAGUAUCUUGAGGAAAGAAAGAAGCAGUGGCGCAAAGAGGAGGAGGAGAGGAAGAGGAAUGCACCUGACCCUACGGUCCCAGCUGGUCACACCUUGAUGCCUGAGAGCGAGAGACAGGAGACACUGAAGUCCCUGAAAGACACCCACCGCUCAUUGGUGACCGAGCUGCUCUCCCUUCCCUUAAAGGCUGACAGUCUAAGUGUCCGAACACGCCAGGCUCAGCUUGAUUGUAGUCUCUCUGAGAUUGAAGAGGCUAUAAAGAUUUUCUCCAGGGAUAAGGUUUAUGUCAGAGUUGAUUCCUAACACAAAAGGGAGACUUUAAAAGAAGAAGAGAUUGCCCUGUAAAUCUGCUGUUUUAUUUUGUGUAUUUUAAUGUAAAAGAACACUUACAUUUAUGUAAAAUAUAAUUAUUUUAUUGUUGUGGUGGUUUGUAAACAAAAGAAAAGCAACAUUUAUCCUGUAAAAUGCAACUGACAUUAGGGAGAAAAUAUAAAUGACAGUGCAUCAACCUGGCUGCAUAGGUAAACUAAUGCUUUGUUGAACAACCUCUGAUUUAAUUUCAGCAUUCAGUCUUCCUUUGUAGGAGUCUGUUGGCCUCUCACAUCUUUACUUGAAAAUAUUUGCCCACUCUGUCUUGCAGAAGUUCUCCAGAUCUGUCAUAUUAUUUGUCAUAUUGUUUGUUUAUUUGUUUAUUUAUUAGGAUACCCAUUGGUUUCCACCGAAGUGGUUACUAAUCUUCCUGGGGUCCAGUUAAUAAAAUUCAAUAAUCUUAAUACAAAA